GAUUUACAUCAAAUACUGCUCAGCAGGAAAUAACCAUUAAACAAAACGGCCUUAUCACCCUCUUGCAGGUAGUCUCGUUAAUUAACUGCGCCUCCACUCCUCAGCCCCUCAAACUCGGGGGGCGUUAAGACCCAGCAGAGCUGCAAUAGUGAACAUCUGUCGCCUCGGUCUCCACAGUAUGAAUUGCGCCUGGUCUCCAGUCUGAAGACACACAGGCAGCGGCAGGCAGGCCGGCACAGCGCGGACGGACUAGAGUGGUAUUCGGGAUGCGAACAGAUGCCGCUGGACUAUGAGAGAGAGUGGAGUCAACCGCACUGAGCCGCAGCGAUAGGACAGCGAAAUGAAGACACCUAUGCGCCAUGGGAUAGCCGUGCUCCUCGUGGUUCUCCUGUGCGCCAGCUUGUUCCUCGUGUACAACGGCAGCUUCAACGGCGCUUCCAGGGACACUAACGACACGCGCAUCCGACAGCAUGAACAGCUGCGGCGGCCCACUGAAGCCUCCGUCAGGGUGGCCAAGCCUCACCCCCCAGUCCUCCAGGGAUACAGUGGCAUCAUCGACCAUAAGCCUCCCAGGAUGCACUGCCGGACUUGCGCCCUAGUGACCAGCUCAGGUCACCUCAGCGGAAGCGGUCGGGGGGAAGAGAUUGACCGGGCCGAGUGCGUCAUCCGCAUGAACGACGCUCCCACCGCCAGAGGUUACGCCCGCGACGUCGGCCGCCGCACCUCCCUGCGUGUUAUCGCUCACUCAAGCAUGCAGAGGGUCCUGCGGAGUCGCCACGAGCUUCUCAACGCCAGCCAGGACACAGUAUUCAUCUUCUGGGGCCCCAGCAGCUACAUGAGGCGUGACGGGAAGGGCCUGGUGUACAACAACCUGAGGCUGAUGAACCAGGUGCUGCCCAAACUCAAAGUCUACAUCAUCUCCUGGCAGAAGAUGCUGCAGUUUGACGAGCUCUUCAAAAAGGAGACCGGCAAGGACAGAAGGAUAUCAAACUCCUGGCUGAGCACCGGCUGGUUCACCAUGACUAUCGCCCUGGAGCUUUGCGAUCGGAUCAAUGUCUACGGCAUGGUUGCCCCUGACUUCUGCAGGGAGCCUCAGCACCACUCAGUCCCUUACCACUACUACGAGCCACGUGGUCCAGAUGAGUGUGCCAUGUACAUUUCUCAUGAGCGUGGGCGGCGGGGAAGCCACCACCGCUUCAUCACAGAGAAGCGGGUCUUCGCUAAAUGGGCACGGACUUUUGACAUCCACUUCUACCAGCCGGACUGGAGCCCUCCGCCUCUCCCAGCCAACCAAACGCUGGAGGGGACGCCCCUGGUACCCCAGAAGACGUGACCUGGGGUGAAGAAAAUGCUUUAGAGAUUCAUCUAAGAAAGAGUGAGGAUGGGGGACAUUUGCACUAAGGACUGCUGGACCCCUAACAGAAGAAUAAAAUGUGUAGUAGGCAAGAAAAAAAGUUAUCAUGGAUAAACUGUGAGUCUUGUUGAUCCUGCUGGACAUUUGUUAUAAAAAUUUCUCCAGCUUCACCGCUGCUUCUCCAGCAGUGUGGUCUGUUUACUGAGGUGAGGCAGAUCAAACUUUGUACAUCCCUUCUACAACUUGUAAAGUGAGUUUAUACAAGGAGGCAGCAUCAUUACACACUUCACUCUCAAUGCAUGCAUGCUGUGUUUUACUGUGGAUUCAUCGUUGUGUGUGUGUGUGUGUGUGUGUGUGGUGUGUGUGUGUGUGUUGUGUGUGUGUGUGGUGUGUGUGUGUGGUGUGUGGUGUGUGUGUGUGUGUGUGUGUUGUGUUUACCUGAGGGAUCACAGAGGAUACAAACUUGAGUCUGGACUACCUGCAAAGCCUCUGCUGCUGGAUGCAGGAUCUAUGCAGGAUUCACCACUUACUGUUCACUGAAAGAAAAACACUAUUACAAUGCCCGUAAUCUAACAAUUUAUGGCUGGAGCCAGCGUAAGAUGAAUACUAGUAAUAGUAGUACAAUUUGGCUAUUUGAAGUGUGAAUCAUUGCAUGCGUUUUUCAAAGACUGAGGAGGUCAAGUUGGAUAAGCUUGGAUCAACCAGUGUGUCCCUGAGCAAAACACUUAACCCAUAGUUGCUACAGAGGCGGGUGGCCUCUGAGAUAUAUAGCAAUUGUAAGUCGCUUUGAAUAGAAAGUGUCAGCUAAAUGACAUGUAAUGUAAUGUAAAGCUUCUAAAGACCCCUAUCUCGUGCAACAAAGGCCUCAAACACCUUUAAAAGCAGAUAUGAAUCACUUCCCUGACUUUCAUUGUUACUGUCUUGCAGAUAUGUGUAUUGUAAGCUCACCCAAGUCAAACUUGGCAAUGAAGUACUUCCUGGCUGAGUGACAAGUGUGUAACAUUAACAGUGAGGUUUUAUCUAAUGCGUGUGCGCGGCCUCUGCCCGUACGUAUGUAUCAAAAGGCUUUGUUUGCUCCUGUCACCACUUAAUAGCGCGAUUUAUAUAGCUACAAGCCAGAUUUCCAUGUAAAUGCACAGCUAUGUCACACAAGACAAGUGGGAGAUUAAAAUCGAAAGCAGGGAUGCAGCACCACCAUCCAUCCUACUAUAUAGCAUAUGUCUGCUGCCCGAAUCGCCUUGCAGAAGAAUUACACCGUUUUUCUGUUAAACUGAUGAGUAUGUGAUCUGUCAGUUAUUUCCUCUCUCGGUCUGGUUUGUGUUUUAUGUACACUUCCCUCAUCUAUGCAUAAGAAUUAGGUGUUGGUCUGGAGAAAGUGAUGAGACGUGGUUAUCUUAAUGAUACAUCCUGGUGCUAAGUCCCUCAUCUCUGUAAUGUGAGUAACGAGAGGAGGGAUGAUGUUGGUCAGAUAAAUAGGUGCUCAUACAAGGACUUGUUUCACAACACGUUUCCUUGGUGGCGAUGAGGACGGGAUUACUUUACAUACAUCACAAACAGAUGCAGGGGUGUUGCUGCUGACUUUGUGCUGUAGCAAAGACUAAUAUAUGCGUUUGUUUUCGAGAGACUUGUCAGCAAAUGGCUGUGCACAACAGUCUGUAAAGUGAUAAGCACUUGAAUAUUUUUUGGAUUUUGCCCAAUUAAAUGAGUCACUGUAUGUCGUUUGGGACUGCGAAUAUUUUCAUUUUAGAUUGUUUGGUCUAUAAAAAGUCAGAUAAUAGCGAAAGAUGUACAUCACAAGUUCCCAGAGCCCAAGGUGACAUUUUUAGAUUCCUUGUUUUAUACAUAACAGUCCAAAACCUAAAGCUAUUCAGUUGGCAUUAUAUAGAACAGAAAAGCAGCAAGUUUUCCCAUUUGACAAGGUGAAACCAGUGGAAUAUGUAAAUGUUCUGCUUCAUAAAGAACUUAAAGGAACAGCUUGACUUUAUUAGAAAUAUGAUUAUACCCUUUCUUUCUGGCUAACUAGUUAGCUGUGAAAACAGGAAUGUAAUUUGUUUUACAGGGGGCUAUGUGGACUAUGCUGGACUAUGUCUUGAUUCUAGGUCCCAGGUCUCUAGUUCUGGUCCCAGCCAAGACUUGUUCUGUCACAUAAGCCCAAUAAAACAUUACACUAAAAAGCAUAAGUUGUAUUUCUACAAAAACUAAUAAAAUAUAAUGUAUUAACUGAUUAGCUUAAAAAGGCACUGGUAGGUGGAUUUUUCUACCAACUAGCUGUAUUUCCGUUUUCGCUCGUCCUGUACGCUAAACUAAGCUAACCAGCUGCUAGUUCCAGCGCAUAAACUGCAUAAUAAUAAGCUCCAGCCAUAUAUUCUAGAGCUGACCCAUGGUAAUCAAUGUCUAAAUCAGUAUUUUCCCCUUUGUUUUUUUUAUUUUAUUAUUAUCAUAUAUGCAUUACCCAAAAAAUAAAAUAGCUCAAUAUAAAAAGAGUUAAUGAUAUUCAUUUUUCUUUCAUUUAUGCAUUAACAUUAAUUAGGCUAUAAUAUUCUCAGACAGGUUGUGUGUGUGUGUGUGUGUGUGUGUGUGUGUGUGUGUGUGUGUGUGUGUGUUUCUGCUGUAACUAUCAGCACGCAAGAUGUUGAAAAAGUCAAGCGUCUGGAAUAAUUUUGAAAUUUUCAAAAUACCACCCUUUUUCAAAAGCCAGAUCUGCCAAAAUAAACACCUGAAAACUGUAAUAGCUUAGCCUUGAUAAAGUAUGAUUGCCUUGCCCUUUAAAUUAUAUGUAUAUAUUUUAUAUGUAUAAUUUAUUUCAUGUGAUUAUCCAAUCCAUACCGACUGUUUUUUGUAAACGUCUCCAUUGUUUGUUAGCAACUGCAGAGUGCAAAGUGGUUGGCUAACCUGCCUGCCAGAAAACAGAAGUUAACUAAACUAAAAUAAUUUUCAUGCUGGCUCCAUGGGAACAAAUCAACAGAAGAAAUCCACGCUCCCCUGCCUUUUUUGUUGUUGUUGUUGCCCAGGAUGGAGUUGUAUCAUUCCACUUGGUAAAUACUUUUAUCAGUC